AUCGUGAGGACCCUUGACCUCUGACCCAACAUGGCUGCGCUUGGAGCGUAGUUCUUGCUGCUCUAAGGCGAACUAAGACUGAAAGUCCCGCAUCAUGUCAAAGCUAAGCCGGGUCACUCGGUCCCUCAAGAAGCCCGAGGCCGGCGGCGUGAUCCGGACUAUCGUGCGAGCAGGCCAAGCUGUACCUGGGCCCCCACUAGGUCCCAUCUUGGGGCAGCGAGGUGUCUCUAUCAACCAGUUCUGCAAAGAGUUCAACGAGAAGACAAAGGACAUCAAAGAAGGCAUUCCCCUGCCUACAAAGAUUUUUGUGAAGCCUGACAGGACAUUUGAGCUCAAGAUUGGGCAACCUACUAUUUCCUACUUCUUGAAGGCAGCAGCUGGGAUUGAGAAGGGGGCCCGGCAAACAGGGAAAGAGGUGGCGGGCCUGGUGAGUUUGAAGCACAUAUAUGAGAUUGCCUGUGUCAAAGCUAAGGAUGAUGCUUUCGCAAUGCAAGAUGUCCCCCUGUCUUCUGUCGUCCGUUCCAUCAUUGGCUCUGCCCGUUCCCUGGGCAUUCGUGUGGUGAAGGACCUCAGUGCAGAAGAACUGGCAGCUUUCCAGAAGGAACGAGCUGUGGUUUUGGCUGCUCAGAAGGAGGCAGAUUUGGCAGCCUGGGCAGAAGCUGCCAAGAAGUGACCCCAGCCUUCCACACUGUGGGAUUUUGAAAGAAGAGGCUGAGAAGGGGGCCCACUGAGAAAGCUGAGCCAAAGGAGAAGAAGGAUCUUCAUGGCAACAUGACUCAUAGUUUCCUGACUUUAUAUAUUUCUAUAUAUAUGGCUGUGCCAAGGGAUCACGCUUGAAUAAACAUCGUUUGUGACCCA